AUGCUGGAAAAAAGCACGGGAUUUGAUAUCGUCUUUUCUUAUACUAAGACAUUAUUCUUCGAAACAAGCGCGGGCUCCGUUCAUGGGUCAAAACUCAAAUUCACCCCAGAUGCGCAGCAGCAAAAGGCGAGAAUGGCGAUCAUUCUUACUAUCGAUGAUAGCCGAAUUGCAGCCUGUCGGGGACUCGAGAUAGGGUUGGCGAACCAGAUCGAACCACUAAUAACUAAAAAGCGCCUGGGCACGCCUUCACCGAAAGUCCGUGGUGUAGAACAGCCCAGACGCUACCAGCAGGGUGUACCUCUCCCUGGGCCCCAGGAUAUUAAACAUACGGAGGGGUAUAUGGAGUCAUCGAGGGGGCGUGCACAGGUAGAAAUCACUUUCUGCUCAUACCGACGAGCAUCUGACUCCCUCUGGACAGGCUGUACGGUUCGGAUUGUAAUGCUGCUGACGCCCUCUCUUUCCAGUCUUUCAGCAGAUGGAGGGAUCAGAUCCGAUAGGACAUCCAGCAUUGCUGAAAUUGUAUUAAACAUUCCAAUCAAGGGCUGUGUCUACCGGGGCAGCUCUCCAGCACUCAUCAAACAGAAUGGAGAUGUUCCCCAGCAGGAACUUCAAAGGGUUCCCCGUCACACCGCUCCAGUCCUCCUGGAAGGCCGAGUCCAAAAUCAACUGGCCAAUCGACAGCACACCCCCGGCAAAGUCAAGAAGAAUCUGCCAGAUAUUCCACCCAACGGUGGACUUGCGUUUGUAGUUGACCCAUGCUUGGGGCACGUAUUUGACAACCGUGAUGACGAGCUUCACGUCAGCAAUCACCUUAUUUUCCAGUUCUGGUCGGCCACGUACAACAUCAAUCCACGCCCAGGAGGACGGGUCGCGUCCACCAUCUGGACUUUGGGUCCAGACGAUCAGGACCAGGAUCGCGAUGGCCAGCAGCGAACCCCAAAACAGUCCAGCCACAGGCUUGCUCACCCGCUGGUAUCGCGAUACUUUGAACCCCCAGAUCUGCGGGUAGAAUUGCGAGUAGACGAUGCCGCUGAGGAUCACAGCAUGGACCGCAAACACCAAGUCAUUGAAGCGCACGCUGGGCUCCGGAGAGACGGGAUUCCUAGCCGCGUAUUGCUCUCGGAUCAGUGGCGAAUACAGGAAAGAUGCCGCGUAGAUGGUGUAGCAAACGAAGCCAAGACAGUUGAUUGUCGGGAAGUCGAUCGCGAGACCGGUGGUGGACCGGCGACGAAAGUUUUGGAUCGGCUAACGUCCACAAAUAAUGGCGGCGACCCCAUGGCGACUCAACAGCUUCCUGCUCAAAUGUACUCCGGAGUAAAGUCGAUCGAAUUGGCGUUGAAAGGCUGUCAAGUGUUGACAAGGGGCCUCCGAUGGGCGGUGUACGGAGUAGUCGAGAAGCGUGACCGGACGGCGCGAUGGCGUCAGCUCCACUGGGAGUCCACCGAUAAGGCUGAUAGCGCCUGA